CUUUAUUUUGGCACUUCCGGUACCUCAGCUGCUCACAGAAGCGGAAGUUUUACAGUGUGUCGCACGUGUUUGUUGAAACUCCGUAGAAUGGCGAAAAACGGCACACUGAAGCAGAAAUCAAAGUUUAACAGCGGCGUGAAACCGAAGAAGAAGCAGAGAAAAUGCGUGCUGAUGUUCGAUGAUAAAGACCGACAAGAGUUCCUGACGGGUUUCCACAAGCGAAAGGUGGAGCGGAGGAGAGCGGCGCUGGAGGAGAUGAAGAGCAAGCUGAAAGAGGAGCAGAAGCGCGUCAGAGACGAGAGACACAAAGAGUAUCUCAAGAUGCUGCAGGAGCGCCGCCAGGCUCUGGAUGAAGCAGAUGAGCUGGUGGACGCCAUCACAGCCACGAAAGAGAGCAUUCAGUAUGACCAUCCCAACCACACAGUCACCGUGACGACCAUCAGCGACCUCGACCUAUCAGCAGACAGAUUACUGGAGACAGAUAAGAGAGAUGAAGAGCGUAAGGAGGAAGAUGGUGAGAAAAUACAGGCCCUCCCGAGGACGGCUGGAAACCCCCUCAUGUCUGAAAAGAUCCAGAGGCUCACAGCGUCACUGAACAGUCUCACGAAACAGAAGAAGAGGAGGAGGAAAUGGAAGCCCAAACAGGAAGUGAGGCGGGGCAGCCAUCAGAGCGACUGGAAGUCGUCAUCAUUCACCAACAACAAGAAGUUACGGAAGGGAAAAUCCACCAAAGCACAGAGACGCAAACGAACGGGCCGGAACGAGCGCAACCAGGACUGAUUAACGGCAGACUUCGGGAGUACAGUAGCGAUUAGUCGCCCGGCGCGUCGCUAAACUCUCGCCUGAUGCUACGCUGAUGUGUUUGUGUUUUACAUGUUUGAUACUUCAAGGACAUUAAAAAAGGACUCUCUCAUCA